AUGAGCAGCGAAAUCUUCGAAGAGUGGGUAGGUAAAGUCGACCGAAAAUUCCGGGUAGAUGGUCGAAAAAUUGCUCUCAUUAUCGACAUCUGCCCUGCUCAUCCAACUUUGUUCAAUUUGACCAACGUGCAGCUUGUCUUUCUGCCACCAAAUACGACGUCUAUCCUGCAACCAAUGGACCAAGGUGUCAUUCAAAGCUUGAAUAACUUGAGGAAAGUAGAUUCAUCAAUGGUGCCAAAUGAUGUCACCGUCACUGCUUUAGUGAGCUUGGACGACGACGUCAUUGCAACAGCCCCUGAGAUGAAUGAAGAUGAUAUCGUGAGCAGGCUGAAGAACCAAGAAAAGGAAGAGGAAGAGAGUGGUGAUGAAGAGAUCCUGUGGCGGAAAAGCCUUCGAGAUCUGCGAUUGAAUCAGCUUUAG